CGUAGCAUACAUGGCGUCAGUGAACGAAGAGGUGCUCAUUGGACUUUGUGAUGAAGCCGUUGGUGGAAAGAGUACUACUUGUUUCACUAACAAGAUCGGCGGACUACCGGACUACCCUCCUUCGGUAUCCCUGCAUAACCCUUGUUGUGCUGUCUGCGGGGCAGUCCUUGCGCAUAUUGUGCAGGUGUACUGCCCGUUGGAGGUGUCUCCGUAUCACCGCACUGUAAAUGUGUUCGCCUGUGCUCGUCCAGAAUGCAGUGGGAAAUCCGAAAGUUGGAAGGUGCUCCGCUCCCAGUUCCUGGAGUCACAUUUGAAAGUGACCCACAGAGUCAAGGUACUUCAGAAAAAGGAGGUCCCAAUGACAUCCAAUGACUGGUUUGAGGGUGCUGAUGACUGGGGUGUAGAAGAGGAGCAGGAUGCAGUGAGUGACCCCACCCAGAGUGGCAAGUCCUCUCAGAGCUGCUUUGUGCCAAAGGUGGAAGUCAGCAACAAGCUGCUGGGCCUUAGUUUGACUGAGACAGUGGAGUGUCCUCCUCUGGAGUUUGGUCUGGUUCUCCCAGGAUCCUUGCCAGUCUUCAAGCCUUACUACAUAUGUGUGGUGGAGGAAGGGAGCUUUAAGGAACAGCCCGAUAUGGAACAUGUCCAGAGAUUGCUGCAAGACUAUGAGACUAGAGAGGGCAUUACUAUUGGCCAGCUAGACAGCAGUGAAGGUGUUUGGGAGGUAGAGAAGUAUGAAAAGACCCAAGCUAGCCAUGGUGAUAAGGUGUUCUGCAAGUUCAUGAAGCGCAUUUCCAUUUGUCCAAAACAGAUUUUACGAUACUGUUGGAAUGGGUCUCCUUUGCUCAUAACUGAUCUGAAAUCCAAGGUUGCACAGAGAAUACCACCUUGCUCUUACUGUGGAAAUCAACGGAUAUUUGAAUUUCAGCUUAUGCCUGCCUUUGUCAGCUUUCUUAGCCCUGUAAAUCAAAGCUCAGGACAGUUGCUGGAGUUUGGAACAGUGUUCGUGUACACCUGUCGAAGCAGCUGCUGGCCACGUGACACUCUCAUACCUCUUGAGGAGUAUGUGUUGGUGCAGACCGAUCCUGAUCAGAAACUGUUCACAAUGAUCUAAUUUAAAACUUUGCAUUGUCCUAAAUCACUUUAUUUCACUCACAUUGUAUGUCCCAGUAAUGUUCAUUAUAUUCAAUUCAAUUCAAUUCACACACACACACACAGUCUGAAACUGUUUGUCCUGAGUGGGGCUG